AUGGACAUCAAGACUGCAUUUGGCAUGGAGAAGACGAGAAAAACUGCACUGAAGCUAUGGGAUCCGGUGUUCUCGGGUCAAAAAGGGGAGAGAUGCCUCGACGGCUUCCUGUGCCGGACGGGCGAGUGCCUUCCCUCCGGCGUCCAGUGCAACGGUAGUCGGCAGUGCCCGGGCGGAGAAGACGAGGAAGGAUGCGAUUGCAAGGACGGCUUCCUCUGCAACUCGGGGGCGUGUCUUGAGGUCUCUACCUUUUGCAACGGAGCGUCAGACUGCCCGGGAGGCGAGGACGAGGCCGACUGCGACACGUGCAGCGACGGGUUCCUGUGCAGUUCGGGGAAAUGCCUUCACUCCGGACGGCGGUGCGACACGAGCAGGGAUUGCCCGGAUGACGGAGACGAGCUGAGUUGUGCGACGUGCAAAGGGGGCUUCCUCUGCGCGACAGGUGAAUGCUUUCCCAUGUCCUACAGGUGUGAUUUAAUGGACGAUUGCCCCGGGGGAGAGGACGAGGAAGGCUGCGAGGAAUGCCAGGGACGUUUCUUCUGCAUGACAGGUUCAUGCAUUGAUCUGUCAGCUGUUUGCAACAACGUUACUGACUGCCCAGGAGGAGAAGACGAAUCGAAUUGCGAUCGCUGCGAAGGUUUUCACUGCAGCACAGGAGAAUGUCUUCCCUCGUACUAUCGCUGCGACACCUUUGAGAGAUGCCCGAAAGGGGAGGAUGAGAAGGAUUGCGAUUAUUGCACGAAUGGGUUUCUCUGCAACGACAAGCAAUGCAAGUCCUCCUCUGAACGUUGCGACGGAUACCUGGACUGUUCCGAAGGAGAAGACGAGGUGGACUGUGAGGUAUGCAAGGAAGGCUUUCUCUGCAAUAGUGGUCAUUGCAUAACUUAUAUCAAACGAUGUGACGGAAGAGUGCAUUGCCCCGACGGAGAUGAUGAGAAGGAUUGCUACAACUGUGAAAACCGGUUUAAGUGCAAGACGGGUGAGUGCAUCGUCUUUUCAUACCGGUGCAACAACGUGACGGAUUGUCCAGGCGGUGAAGAUGAGGAAAAUUGUGACCAGUGUCCAGAAGGGGGCUUCUCGUGCAGCACAGGGGAAUGCAUACCCGGAGGUUGGCGCUGCAAUUCGGCCAAAGACUGCCCAGGCGGUGAGGACGAAGAAGGUUGUUUGGAAGAUUUCUAUGCUAGCUGCCCGAGAGGAUACUUCCAGUGCAAGGAUGGCCUCUGCGUCAUGGAGUGGUAUCACUGUGAUGGGGUUGACGACUGCCUGUACGAGGAAAAUCAGUGUGAUGCGUGCCGACCUGGUGCCUUUAAGUGCUGGACCCCCAUGUGUAUAGAAGACCAUCGGGUUUGUGACGGAGUGGCCAACUGUCCAGAGGGAGAGGAUGAAAUGAACUGCACUAAUAUCGAGAGGGAUACCAGGACCUGCCCUCCAGGAUAUAUGAAGUGUGAGGGCUCCUGCCUCAGUGGUAGAGCCCUAUGUAUGUUACCUGUCGAGUGUGAUGUGGACACUAAUUUAUUAUGUGAUAGUCUUGUCAUAGCAGACGAAGCACACCAGGUACGCCUCCGAUGCAGCGAGUUCUACCGUGAACUGGUGGCAUUGCGUGGUUACUCGACAGUCGUUAAUAUGACCUUUGAUGAAGAAUACUGUCUCUCUUUGGACCAACAUGAAUUUUGGAGUCCUCUGUGCCAGGCGGGUGUUGUUUGCGAUCGCUUUGGUUGCUACGACAUGGAACUGAAUCGUUAUUCCGAGUCGUAUGCUUCACGUGGGCCAAUAAAGAUGUCCUUAUUGUGCAAAGGAACGACCCUGUUUUAUGAAGACGUUUCCCUCUACAGCGAGAGACUGGAAGGCGUCCUCACAACCAAGUCACUGAAGCUGCUACUGAAGCAACAGGAGGAAAAAUCGGACCUGAUCGACCUGCAGGAGAUGUUUCGGCCUUCGUACGACCACCAGCAGGAGUUCGCCGUCUCCCCUGAAGAACUCGUGUAUUCAUGCACGUUUGACAACCAGCCGUGUGAUCACAGCCAUUUCCACAACUGGACGAGUGACCGUUACGGCAGGUGCUACACUUUCAACGGAUUUAUGCACACAGACAACCCCAAGCCUCGAACAGUCGUACACGUCGGUCCAAAGAACGGCCUGCAACUGACGCUCAACGUGCCUGUGGGUUUGCCUCUGCUCUCCCCCGAAAGAGGCAUGCGGGUCGUAAUCCACAGCCCCUUUCUCUUACCUGUUCCUGAAGAGGAAGGUUUCAAUGUUGGUCCUGGCAGUUCCUCUGUCAGUGUCACAAGGACAGAAAAUCAGCGCUUGGGGAAACCGCAUGGAGAAUGCAGGAGCGAGUAUGACUCCAACCUACUCUUCGAUUAUUCGCCUUUGCUGUGUGAUCAGCUGUGCGUAGAGCAAGAAUUAAGACAGCGUUGUGGGUGCUUCAUAGGCCUCAGUCCGGUAUACGAAGCACUGGCCUACAAACCCAAAGUGAGAUGUGAAGGAAAGCUGCCCACACAGAAGUUAUGUAUGGAUCGUGUUAGAAGAGAUGUUAUUCAGCAGAAUAUCCAGUGCGACUGUCCUCAGUCUUGUCGGGAGAUGAAGUAUCAAACGCAGGUGGCUUCCAGCAAGAUAGACGACACUUACUACAGGAUCUUGGGUCAGACGAGGAAAAAAGUUCCCAGCUUGUGCUCGAAUGACACAGAGCUACUGAAACUCCUGGUCUACCUGGGCUCCAUGUACUACGACGUGAUAGAAGAAACGCCGGCUUAUACGUGGGACACUCUUCUGAGCAACAUCGGCGGUUCCCUCGGCCUCUUCAUCGGCGUGUCUCUGGUCAGCAUACUCGAAGUGCUGGAAUUCCUGUGGGAUGUCUGCAGAAUUUCCCUUCGUCGAUGCAGAAAGACUGGGGGACGGGAGACGUUACCUAUGGAGUAAGAGAGAUUAUGUCGAUAAUCGAUGCGGGUUUCAAAGCUAAAAAAAAUUGUAUUAUUUAAUUAAAGUGUACCGUUAAUCUUUACUCGGUGUUAGAUGUUUGUAUUCUCUAAUAUACGAGAAUAUAGUGUGAUGGAAUUUACAGCUAUAAUGUAAAAGAUGUUUGUUGCUGUUUUUAGCUUAGAAUUUAAAUACUGGAAGUGUUACCUAAGGAGUAAAGAGUACGAUGUCGAUAACUUAUCAUCACCAUGUUUCAAGAAUCAAUAUUUUUUUAUGUGAAUUAUUGAUUUUAAGUGCAACUCUAAUAUCUACGCUCUUAAUCAUUUCCCAUGUUUCAAGGUUUUAUAUUUUGAGUAUUCAAAUCCCAACUUUUUGAGUAUGUGAUCCUAUUUUCUUCUAUUUCAUUUAUCUGAAUAUAUUUUAGAAAGUGUUAAAUGUUUGCGUUCUCAAUGAUAUUCGAGUGAUGGAAUUUUCUGAUGUGUAGUAAAUGAUCCACAUAAACAUGCUUGUUGCUAUUGUAUCUCGGAUUAUGAUAUGUAUUUUGUCUUCUUCCAAAAUGCACGUAUCACUGUUAUUUCUGUGGUACACUAUCGUUGUCAUUAAUCAGAAUUUAUUCAUUCAUAUAUCAAUAAGGUUACACACUAUGCAUUUUGUACUGUAAUGUAUUCAUCAGACGUUAGCUUUACUAUGUAAGGAAGUGAUAUGUUUCAGGCUGCGUUUGCACCAAGUGAAUCGAUUUCAUUCAAUUCAUGGUUAAUCAUCCACCUUUGUGUACCAGUACCGUCAAACUGUCAGAUUCAACAGGCAGUAGUGUAUAGGUUGUUAUAUAGAGGUUAUGGCCUUAUUUCUGUUUGAUACAUGUUCAACAGGGAAACAUCUGCAAAAUGGUAUAGAAAGAAAGAAGAAAAAAGGUGCCGUGCUAUUAAUGUGAUGUAUACAGAUUCAUUUGUAUCAUUCGAAGUAAAGGUUUCACAAAG